AGAAUAUGUCUGGGAAAUUCCUCAAACGCUCAAAUUUUCUUUUGUCAUAUUAGCCAUGCCAGAACCAAAUGUUAGCAGGAUUAUUUCCUCUGUUGGAGGGAGGUAAGUUGAUUGAGGAUAUUUAAAGGCACCAAUGGUGGCUAGGACAUAGAUUGAAUCUGCAGAAUGGAAAGAAAAUAAUUUUAGCUAUUGACUUUGCUGAGAAUUGACUUUAUUAUAUUUGCAACACUAUUUAAGUUUGUUCAUAAAUGGAAAUAUUUUCCAAGUAAUUGAAACAUUUGAACACUGUAAUGCGUGCAAUGUAAAUCUAACAUUGGCACAUGAAAAUUCUUAUUAAAACAAAAUUGUAAUUAAAAAAUAUCACCUGAAACGAUUAAAUCUAUUUAAUUUUUAAAAUAUAAAUUAUUUUGAUGAUCUUUUUUUACAGAAAUCGAAAAGAAGAAUUAUCAAAAGAUGUGGCCAUAACUAAAGAGAGCAAAUACAGUGGGAAAGAUUAUCUAACAAAGUUUACAUUUGAAAGCAAAAGAUCAUUGGACCAGAAUGAUAUGGACAGAAUCUUUAUAAUGACUUUUCAAUCAUCUGAGUUUACCACAGACCUAAAAUUUACAAUAAGACCAAGAGGUAAAGUUAAUGUGCAUUUAAUCCACUUCUGAAUAUCAUCUUGUUCAGAGCCCCCCUAAUUCCCAAAUGCUUGUUAAUAUAUCAUGCUCAUCAUUGCACCUUGUAACCUAACUCCGAUACAACAUGACUGCUUUAGUUUACUGCUAUGCUCAUGAGGAUGUCACUAUGGUUACCAAGUUACAAGAGUUAAAAAUUCAAGAUGGCUUUCCAAGUUCUUAAGCAGAUUAAAAGCAAGCUUGGUUGAUGGAACUAUUGAACAGACUAAAGUAGGAUCUGUUGAAAUUGAGACAGGAAAUGGUGUGGAACAUCCUAAAGUUAAAUAUAAGGUACCGGAUAUGUACAAAUUAUUCCGUCGAGACAGAAAAGACAGAGGAGGAGGAGUACUUGUUGCUGUCCAUCACAACCUGGACCAUACCAACCUGGACUGCCCCGCUGUUCCAGAACUAGAUGUUGACGACUGCGAGCUCCUGUGGGUAAAAUUAAAACUAAAGGGUAGACGCACACUUUACGUUUGUGCCUAUUACCGACCAAACACAGCAGAUGAACCAAGCCUGAGGAGGUUCGAGGCAUCACUUCACAGAGCAACACAGGCGAAGAACGCUUUUCUCCUGAUAAGAGGGGGAGGGAGAUUUUAACUUUCCUGGUUGGAACUGGCAGAUUCCUACCUUGAAGCCCAAGUCCCCAUACCCUGUUCUACACUCAGAAUUCAUGGAGAUAAUUAACAACCAUGGUCUGGAACAGCUGGUUAAAGAACCAACGAGGGGGGAAAACACUCUUGACCUACUCCUCACCAAUUGUCCACAUCGUGUUCCAAAAUUUGAGGUCAUCCCCGGGAUAUUGGACCACUGCAUUCCCUAUUGUGAAUUUCAGGUCAACACACUAAAAAAAGAAACAAAUCAUUCGAGAAAUCCCAAUUUAUGCCAAGGCUGACUGGGAUGGCCCGAGGAUUGCAACCAAAAGAGCUAAGCUCAAACAUGCAAGGGAUUCAGAGUACAGCGACAACAGAAGAGCUGUGGGUGAAGUUUAAGACAACAAUCACUAAUGUAGUGAAGAAAUUCAUACCACACAAGAUCACCAAACCUAGGAUAAAUCAGCCAUGGGUCACGGCUGAAAUCCGUAGGCUUAUCCACCGGAGAGACCGCCAAUACAAACGUAUGAAGAAAAAUGGCUCGAUUGAACUGAGAGAGGAGGUACUGAGGCUCCGCCGAACCAUUCAACGUUUAUUGCGUAGAUCGUAUUGGAACUACAUGAACGGCAUAUUCUCAGAGGAAGACACCCCGACCAAAGAUGUCAAGAACAAGCGCUUCUGGAGCUAUGUGAAGCACCAAAAGUCCUCAAACGCUGGAGUUUCCCCCUUUAGGUGGGAUGGCCAAUUGACAUCUGACCCAAAAGCACAGGCGGAGAUACUCAAUCAGCAGUUCCGGUCUAUCUUUGGUGACGGUAGAGAGUACUCUGAGACUGAUUUCCUUCUGAAGACCAAAAUGAUGAACAGAGCCUACCCUGUCAUGGGAGACAUCCAGAUAUCAGACCAAUGUGUGUUUUCCGUCCUCAAUACCAUUAACCCUUACAAAGCAUGUGGUUCUGACAACAUCAAACCACGAGUGCUCAAAGAAUUGGCCAAAGAAAUCGCUCCUGCACUGACAAUCCUCUUCCAAUCGUCACUAUGCACAGGAAAUGUUCCAGCAGACUGGAGAACAACAUAUGUCACCCCAAUUUACAAGAAAGGGGAACAUUCCGACCCUGCCAACUAUCGUCCGAUAUCCCUCACCAGCGUGGUCUGCAAACUGUUGGAGCACACAAUCGUAAGCACAGUCAUGAAGCAUCUUGAAAGCCAAAAUAUACUCAAUGACUGUCAACAUGGCUUCCGAGUCAAUAGAUCAUGUGAGACCCAGCUUCUUGAAUUUGUAGAAGACAUGAUGACCAAUCUGGAGAACCACAAGCAGACUGACGUGCUGGUAAUGGACUUCGCAAAGGCAUUUAACCAUGUGAAUCAUAGUUUGCUCCUACACAAACUCCAGAGAUAUGGGAUCCAAGGCACCACUAACACAUGGAUCUCUAGCUUCCUCAGUCACCGACGCUAAGCAGUAGUGGUUGGGCGGUACAAGUUCCUCCUUUGUUGAUGUGAAGUUAGGAUCAGUGCUGGGCCCCUGUUUGUUCCUUGCAUACAUUAAUUACCUAUCCGAGAAACUGACAUCACAGGCAAGACUGUUCGCAGAUGUGGACCAGGACGAGCUACAACAGGAUCUCAAUCUGUUAGCUGAGUGGGAAAUGAGCUGGGACAUGUAAUUUCACCCUGCCAAGUGCCAGACACUAUCAGUCUCUAGAAGUUGUACUCCUCUACACUACCAAUACGAACUGCACGGCCAUAUACUUGAGCCAGUUUCCCCCGUAAAGUACCUGGGUGUUAUCAAUCAAAGAGAGGUCCGCUGGGACGAGCAUAUUAACAAUGUAUGUAAACAAGACCCUAGGGUUCUUAAGGCGAAAUCUAAAGAUUGGCAACUCCUGUGUGAAAGAAAGAGCAUUUAAAGCAUUUGUCCGUCCGAUUUUAGAUUAUGCAUCUUCAGUCUGGGACCCAUUUACCCAGAAGAGCAUUGACAGGUUGGAGGCGGUCCAGCGACGAGCAGCACGCUUUGUCCUAAACCGCUACAGGAAUACCUCUAGUGUUGGCAGCAUGCUGGAAACACUAGGCUGGUCACCAUUGGAGAAACGACGACGACAAUCCAGGCUCUCCAUGAUGUACAAGAUAAAUAAUGGGCUGGUCCACUAUUCCAGUAUUAAACAGAAACUCAUCCUUCUCCCACAUAGACAGCGACGAGGCCAUGACAGGCAACUCAGGCUCAUACCAGCAAGACGCCAGUACAGGAGCUACUCAUUCCUGCCCAAGACAAUCAGGGACUGGAACAAGCUUUCAAAAGGAACAAUCUUUCAUUUGUGUCCAUUGCGUCAAGCCUUCAAACUCCUAGUGCAUGAUUCCCUCACAAAGUGGCACUGGAAAUCAGUGAAAUUUCCUCAUUAACACCAUGAACAGAAACAUUGCAAAUCCCAUCUACAUGCAUAGAAGCCAAAAUGAUCAAUAAAUUGAUCAUGGGCCCAUAAGAUAUAGAAGAAAAAGAAGAGAUAACAUUGAAUAAGACAACAUAAUUAGUACUUGUACAUCUGAUGAUAUCAACAAGUGACAAAGAACAUGUGAUGUCAGAGAACUUUUUGAGAUUUAAUGGAGGGGUGAAAGGAGCCUACAAAGUUAAUGAACAGGUCAAGUUCACUCCUCUCCAUAGUGGUGACCCCUAUACCACUAGGGCCUUUUUCAAAUACGCGACGGUUUCCUCUGUACAAGCCGCAACGUUAUCUACGCCAUUGUCUGCACCCGCUGUCAGAUGACAUACAUAGGGGAGACUGGACGCCGUCUCUCGGACAGGUGUACCGAACACCUCCGAAACAUUACACAAGAUAAACAGUGUCCCGUCUCCAAACACUUCAAGAGUAGCGACCACCGGGGCAAGGCGGACUUUUCAAUAAGUGCGAUUGUGGCCAGCACUAACACCGCCAGCCGGGUCAAUUUGGAACACAGACUUAUCCUGACUUACGGCACUUUGACGCCAGAUGGGAUUAAUGUUAUGUCUCUGUUCACAGCUUGACCCUAGCUCCGCCCCUCCACGUUCUGACCUAUCACAGUGAACUUUUUUCUCCCCCCUUUUUUCGCCGCUGCUUAUUUAAACUCUCACUCAUUUUCCUUCUGCCACACUUCUAUUGCUGCCCACAGAUACUACUUACCAGCUAAGUGCUAUUUCUUAUUUUUAUAACGUUUUUUCUGUUGUUUUGUUCGCUGACGAAGGCUUUCUGCCGACACGUUCGCUGUUUUGUUGCGUUUAAUUUUUCAGGUUUAACCAUACUCUGUUUUACUCAUUUUAUUUUGUACUAACCUGAUUGCAGUCUCUCCCCUUAUUACACCUUAUUAUAUCAAAUAUCACAUCAAUUCAUCGUUAGUAAAAAAAACUUCAACUCUUUGGUCUAUUAAGUCUUGUUUCCUUCCAGGUCCACCUCUUGCUGCCACCAACCUGACGUCAUUAGAGCCCAGACAUGACUCGGUCAAGUUGUUCUGGUUACCUGGAUUUAAUGGAGGAGAAGUGCAAACAUUCUCUGUAGAGUUUCGCCCCUUUAGUCCAACAGUAUGUCAUUUAUUUAAUACUCUGUGUAGAGUUAUAUCCCUUUAGACCCAAAGUUCCGCACCCCUACUCAGGUAACAAUUUCUUUUAAGAAUUUAAAAAUGAUGGGCUUUUAAUUUGUACAUUUAGAGGGGACAAAAACAACAACACUAAAACCAAGAAAAUAAAUGUGUGACUUAUCACAUGAGGAAAAUGUUAAAAAUAUAAUAUCAUUUAUAGCAUAAAUUUAAUGUCUGUUUUUAUGACCUCUUUUCCUUGUACAUCCUGCAUGGCCACCUAGCACUCCCUGGGUGUGCGAGCACCUCUUGUUUAGGAAAAUCUACAUUAGGAUCUGGGUACAAAAAUGUUUGCAAAUUAUAUUAAAGGUAUUUAACACAAAUUUAUGAUUGAGCUAUUUAUCUUUUGACCCCCCCCCCCCUCUCACAACUGAUCACAACAUUUGAUGAGUUUUAUAUUAACCAUUUGAUGUCAUUAAUCAACUAAUCACAAACUUUCAUGAUUUUAAUAUUAACCCUUUGAUGUAUUUCAGACUGAGUCCUCGUGGAGGCUGGCGCUAUCUGGAGUUGAAGACUUAAACUUAAAUAACAUGUGGACUGAAGCUGUCGUCACACAACUGAGAGCCAGCACAGAUUAUGAAAUGAGGGUGGUUUCUGUCAAUAGACUUGAUGAAGUCAGGUCUGACAUUAUAAGGAUACACACUGCAGAUAGGAAAUAUCAGAUUG